CAACCACUGCCUCUUAAAGCCUAAGGUAGUCCUCAUUACAGCUACAGACUGAUAGACAGAGAGCAGAGAGGGCUGGAGACAGGUCUGAGAGAGGGAGAGGGAAGGACAGCGAGAAACUGUGAACAGGGAAAGUUAGACUAUAAGCAGUCCUACUUGUGUGUCCAUGCUUCUUCCCCUCUGCACUACCUGAGGCACACAUACACACACACACACAGGGAGGUGUUUCAGGGAGGCUAAGAGGGCCGACUUUCCAGAGAAGAAGGGAAUUAAACACUUUUGUUUUCAAUCCUCUGCAUCUGUACUCAGGACAAAAAAAAGGAUUACAGCUUGUUUGCCUUCACCACUUGUUCCACUCUUCUCGCUGCACAUUGUCCUCACUGAGUCACUUUGGAGACUUUGGAUACAACCUUCUUGAACUGUUGGUAGGAGCUCAGAGAGGCAUGGCACAUGGACAAAAGAGCCCCAGGUGGGCAUUAACCCAGGGCUCCUUCAGCCUGGCACUGGGCCUGUCGCUUUUCUCCCUCCUCCUCCUCCCCCUCACAGUCUCGGCCGCAGAUGAGUACGACUACUACAGCUGGCAGUCGGACAACUUCCACAAUGGCCGCUUCUACACCAAGCAGCCGCAGUGUGUGGACAUACCAGCUGACCUGCGCCUGUGCCACAACGUUGGCUACAAGAAGAUGAGGCUUCCAAACCUGCUGGACCACGAGACCAUGCCAGAAGUCAAGCAGCAGGCAGGCAGCUGGGUGCCCCUCCUGGCCAAACGCUGCCAUGCUGACACCCAGGUUUUCCUGUGCUCCCUGUUUGCACCUGUGUGUCUGGACAGGCCGAUCUACCCAUGCCGCUCGCUAUGUGAGGCUGUGAGGGACAGCUGUGCUCCGGUCAUGGAGACCUACGGCUUCCCCUGGCCGGAGAUGCUGACCUGUGAUAAGUUUCCCAUUGAUAACGACCUCUGCAUCCCCAUGCAGUUCACUGGGAACCAAGCAACCCCGCCACCAGUGUCAAAGGUGUGCCCUCCCUGUGACAACGAGUUGAAAGCAGACAACAUCAUGGAGCACUACUGUGCCAGUGACUUUGUCCUCAAGAUGAAAAUCAAGGAGGUGAAAAAGGAGAAGGGCGAUCGAAAGCUGAUUGCGGCGCAAAAGAAGAAGAAAGUUUUAAAGCAGGGGGUCCUGAGGAAGAAGGACCUGAAGAAGCUGACCCUGUACAUCAAGAACGGAGCCAACUGCCCAUGCGCCCAGCUGGACAGCCUGGGCACCAACUUCCUAAUCAUGGGCCGCAAGGUGGACCAGCAGCUGCUGCUCAUGUCUAUUCACAAGUGGGAUAAGAAGAGCAAGGAGCUCAAGUUUGCCAUCAAGUACAUGAAGUCCCACCAGUGUCCCACCUACCACACCGUCUUCCAGUGAUGUGUCUCACUUUUCAUAGAUUUAACGAUCAUUUCCCACAUUCUACCUUGUUCAAAGCAGAUCUUAAUAUCAUUUUCAAUAUUGUAUCUUUAAAAUCCAGAUCCUGGCAAAUUCUAUUUCUGGCCCACUACUUUAUCGUAGAAGAGGAUGGGAAUAAAUGAGGUUUCUUCUAAGAUUAAAGAUAAUUCUGGUAGUCUUAGGGGUCAACCUGAUCUGCUUAGAUCAGUCACAGUUUUUUUAAGUUAGAGAGUUGAACAGGUUGCACUAUCGGCAACUCCCUAAGAAUGAAACAAUCUCAGAAGAAACAACAGAUUUUGAACAAGUUGGAUGAGAUUAUUUUAAAAACAGACUAUGUCAUAUUUCCACUUAAAUGGGAAUACUCUUCCUUAGCAAUUAUAUUUUACUCGUCUGAUAGUGCAAAUCAAUCACUUGUAUGUUAUCCUAAAGAAACUAUAAAAAUGAGACAGUAUCAUUAAGAAACAGUAACCUUAAUAUUUGAGGCAAUUAUUGGAGGGAAAUUAUGUUUGAUAAUGUCUUGAUUAGAUGUACAGAACAGGACAAUGGGCUUUGAUUCUGUAUAAGGCGAGAAAUUAUACCCAACAAUAAGACUCUGCAAAAGGCAGAAUGGCACAGAGCCCCAAGAACAACAUCAAAGCAAAGACAUGUAGAUGAUCCACCUAACUGUAUUUUUUGAUCAUGUAAAAAAGUAACUCAGAUUAAUACUAGAUGAUUAGAAAACUGUGCUUUUAUUCUUUUAUCCCUGCUGGGAAAGAAGACCGAUUGGACAAGACAGACUGGCAGACUGGAUGAUGCUUCCACUGACUUUGUACAGCACUGUUUCUGUGGCCUGAAAGAGGGGAACUUGAAUAUAUUUUGCUUUUUCAAUUGGAGGGAGUGAGGUUGUGGUAGAGAAAACAUGUUUCUCAAAACGAGUGGAGAAUAAAAGAAGAAGGAGAGAGAAAGAGACUCUGGACAGAACCUACAGUGUUGGGUUGAUAAGUCUCUGGUACUCGCGACUUUUGACUAUCACUUUCAAUCUUUCUUUUUUUGUACUCAAGUUUUGAAUUUUCUUCAGUUAAACUUAUAUUGUAUAAAAGCAGAAAUCAUACAUACAGACAUAGCACCUGAAUUCAUUGUUUCAAUAGCAAUUAAAGAUGAAAAUUUAACUUUUACAAUACUUUCUAAUCAGUUAACCUGUAAGUAGUCCUGUUACUGAAAUACGACUUUGUUUUACAAGAAAGUAAAUGAAUAAAAUAUAUUUGAAAUUUUUAUAAAGAA